GCCUUCAUGGAACUCUAUUUCUCCGAGGACGAGUCUCUGGAUUACGUCGACCGGUGGAACCUCUACAUCUCCAGCUUCGAUCCUCUGGGGGCGGAAGAUGAGGUCUACCGAAUGAGGUCGCCGGGCCGCUUCCUCGACGACAUCGCCUCCUGGAACAUCGAAGUCAUGGACCAGACUGCCCUCUGGCCCAACAACCCCGACUAUCUCCCGAGCUCUGUCGCAGGCGCCGAAGGAGUUAUCUGGACCUCGGGCUUCCUCGUCCCUGGCAAGACCGACGGGCAGCUGCAGAUGUACGACACGACGAAGGACCCCGUCGAUGGGCCCUACAACAUCGCCAGGAAUGAUAAUAACGCGUGGUCUUAUCACCGCGUGGUGUGGAAGGACAUGGACCUCGACGGGGACCUCGACGCCCUCACAGCCAGGUUCCACAAGCCCGUGCUCGGUUCGACCAAACACGACCUGGUCUGGUUCGAGAACGAGGGAACAGGUUUUAGCAUCGGCUGGAAAGAACACAUCAUUGCCAGCGACGGCCCGGACGUUCACUUCGAUCUGGUAACACUGAGCGCGGGAGGGAGAGACUACGACUGCAUCGUCGUUGGCGAAUUCUUCAAUCAGAGGACCUCUAUUUAUUGGACGGAGAGUGAGACUAACGACUGGAGUGACCUUUCGCUUGUGAAAUCCCGCGUCAUCAACGAAAACGCAGGACAGACCUUCGACGUCCUGGUGGAGGACUUCAACCGCGACGGCGUCCUGGAAUUCCUGGCCACCGAAUUCAGGACUGACCUCGGGAUUGGUCAGGUCACCGUGUAUCAGUUCCCGGAAGAUUUCAGGACGGACGAAUUCCCUCACUUCAAGAUCGCCGACAGCUUUCGCCCCAACCAAAUCCUCGCCGGACAGACCAUGUCUCCGGGAACGCCCAAGGUCUACUACCCGAACGCCGCCUACGCCCAAGAUGUAGCCGAAGACGGGAUGCCACAUAAACCAUACAUUCUGCUCUCUGGAGACGAUGACGGUCGAAUGUACGUUUUAUACCCAAGUUCUGAGGACCGUGACGACUGGGUGUAUCAGAAACACAUCCUCGUGGACACUGAAGACACCACUGUCGGUAAGAUGGCCCACGGUGACCUCGACGGAGACGGCUACGAGGAGGUCAUCGUGGCCGGCUACACGAUCGGCGAAGUCUAUGUCUUCACGUACGCUCCUUGAGAUCUCUCGGGCUGGUGCUACGGCCAUCUAUGACGUCAUUCGAUGUCGAGUUAUUUUUCUCUUUUUCUUCUUUUUUUUUCUUCUGUGACAUUUUCUUCUACGAUUUCUUUAUAAUUUUAUAAUGUUUUGCUUCGUCUAUUUCCUUUCUGUGACUUAUUUUUCUACGAACUCUUUAUAAUUUUCUUCAUCUCUUUUUUUCUUUAAUUACAUUUAUUUUUAUUUUUCUUCUUCGGCGAUAUCUCUUCUACAUUUUUUUUUUCUAUUUUGCUUCUUCUUUAUCAUCAUCUUCUUCGCCUCUUCCUUCUUCUUUUUCUUUGUUUUAUUUCUUGUGGAGCUUGUAAGGAAAAUAUAUUCGGACAUCUGCAGUCUUUGAUAAACUGUUUCCUUGGAUUCUAUUUAUUACAAAUGAUAAUAAAACUCGAAUAAAAAUCCGUCAA